AUGACGGAUGCUUCCUCCGUGGCAUCGCCGCAACCCCAGGGCUCGUCCCCUCUGCAGAGCCCCAACCAAGCCGCCUUGCCGCCAUUGGCAACCUCGACUCCGUCACGCCGAAGCACCCUGGGUCGUCCAAUAUCGCACGCCUCCAAGAGCAGGUUGUCGCAAUACUCUGCCGGGUCUGCGCCGUCGAGGUCACGACCCAACUCGCACAUGUUUCCGGUAUUCCCGUCGAGCCUGCCGUACGCGCUGGUGAGGGACUUUGCCUAUCCUGCCGCGCAUCCCAUGCACUACGGGCCGCCGCACGACCCUUCAGGGCCUCCGUCCGGCCUCACCACACCGGCGAGCGAGACCCGAAGACUGUCCGACCCGCCCGCCUCGUGGGAUCAGCGCAUGCCGUGGGAUUCGUGGACGUCGGACGGUUUCAACCGUGGCCACGAUAUCCCGCCCAUUCAGAUGGGGGACGGUCCGCCGUACAGCGAAGAUGAGGACCUGCAAAGCCCGGUCGUCGCCCCUCGCCACCGCAAGCACAAGUCCACCUCGGCGGCCAUGGAUCAAGGCAGAGCGAGAGCGAGUCGAGGCUGCGACGCCAUGGACAUGUCAGGCUACGAUCACGACAGGGGGUACUAUGUUGGAACAAGCGGGGACGGAAGUCAACGUUACUACGUAAGCCAAGGCGGGGAAGCAAACGGUCCCGGCGGCGAGUUUGUCACUUAUCCUCCUGGUCACCAGGCACGGCAAGGUGGUUGCGACCAUGGCUACUCGCAGCAGCAGCAGCAGCAGCAGCAGCAGCAGCAGCCACAACAGCAACAGCAACAGCAUCAGCAACAGCAACAGCAUCAGCAUCAGCAUCAGCAUCAGCAUCAACAUCAGCAUCAGCAUCAGCAUCACCACCAACACCAACACCAACACCACCACCACCAACACCACCACCAUCAACAUCAACAGGAACGAUCCCGAGAGGAUGGGUCAAGCCCAUUGUCUUCGCCCGGGUAUCAGGAUGCUGAUGAAUCGCGCUACUCCCGAGACUACCAGUUUACCAUUACAUCGCCGGAUGAGGAAUUCCACGGCAAAGCAGUGGCACUGUUUGAUUUUGAGCGUGAGAACGAGAAUGAGCUGCCGCUGGUCGAGGGCCAGAUUAUCUGGGUAUCGUAUCGCCAUGGCCAAGGGUGGCUUGUUGCCGAAGACCCCAAGACCCAGGAGAGCGGGCUGGUGCCGGAGGAAUAUGUCCGCUUGCUCCGAGACAUUGAGGGCGGCAUGAACAGCUUGACCGGCCCUGUCGGCGACGGGGGGCGCGCAUCGCCCAAUGAAGCCGAUGCGCCUGCGGCGGUGGAGCAGUGCGGCAAGCAAAGGCAUUCGUCCAUCGCCUCCGCCAACGGCUACCAUCAACCCGUCGUGUCCGUCUUUUCAACAUCGAGCAAGGACUUGAACCCCUACCCCACGGAGCAGCUGGGCAUCCAGGCCGGCCAAACGCCUCCCCAGGUUGUCCAUUAUCAUGGACAGAGAGGAGGCAGCCAGACGAAUGCCCCGACCAUUACUACCCAGCCCGGCGAGACGGGAGCCAGCCAUCAAAGGGGCAGCCAAGCCGCCAGCCACGACGGGGGCGUGGAGACACCCGUUCAGACACAGGCAACCGAACCCACAAGCGUGGCCCCGUCUCGGUGA